AUGCAGCAAGUCCGCCGUCGUCGCGACCCGAACCAAAUGACUAUAGAAGAGUCCGUCAAUAAAUUACAAGCGACGUACACAAAGGACAAACAGCAGAUUGAACACUUUCUCAACACUUUUGUCACUGCAAGUGGACAGACGUACAAAGAGAAGGUCUCUAAAGUCUCACUUGAGCGUGACGGGAACUUCACAAUUCGACUUGAUGAUGUCGAGGAAUACUUACAAAGUGAUGACGGCACUUUCAAGGAUAAGCGUCUGAUGAAUCGUAUUGAAGAGAACGCGGAGAGGUAUUUGAAAUUGUUCAAAGAAGUCAUGUAUAAGAUGCUUCCGGCCAUCGACUCGAAAGACUUGGACACGUGCGACUCGGUCGACAUUUUGACGGUCCAGCGAGAAGCGCGAAAGAUGACAUAUCCGCUUGAGCUCAAAGCAAAGUUCGAGACGUUUUUUAGACCAAAGAAAGAACAACAGCAGAUCCCCAUUCGCGACUUACGGUCAAACAAAAUAGGGAAGAUAGUCAUAGUGAAGGGUAUAGUGACUCGAGUCACUGACGUCCGACCACUUGCGCGAGUGAUCACUUAUUUGUGUGGGUCGUGUCACAACGAAUUGUACCAGACAGUUAUCGGCAACACGUUUCUCCCACAAUACGAGUGUCCUUCUAAGUCGUGUAGGAAGACAAAUCGUAUAGGGACAUUACUCAUGCAACCACGAGCGUCCAAAUUUGUGAAAGUCCAAGAGAUCAGAGUGCAAGAACUCGUCGAAGAGGUGCCAAUGGGCGCAACUCCGCGAGCUCUUGUCGUCAAAUUAAUAGGCCCACUCGUGCAAUUAUGUUCUCCUGGUGACGUUGUGAAGGUCGAGGGCAUUUACUUGACCGACGAUUUCUACACACGUCGAGAUAUGCAUGUAGGGUUUGUCGCAGACACGUUCUUGUCUGCAAUGUACAUCGAAAAGGAGAAGAAAAACUACUCGACGUAUAACACAUCGGAAGAGUGUAAAGCUCGAAUCAAAGAGGAAAUACAGAAGAAGAGCUUUACUGAAAUAUAUGAGGGGAUAAGUGCAUCGAUAGCUCCGGAGAUAUAUGGGAUGUUGGAAUUAAAGAAAGCACUGUUGUUGACUGUUGUUGGGGCACCAACGAGAAGAAUGAAAGACGGUGUUAAUAUUCGAGGUGACAUCAAUACGUUGUUGGUUGGUGAACCUGGGAUUGCCAAGUCACAAUUACUUCGUGCCGUAGCGGGAAUAGCACCAAGAAGUAUUUAUACGACUGGGAAAGGGUCUUCUGGUGCUGGGUUAACUGCAGCGGUAAUGAAAGAUUUGUUAACGAAAGAGUGGGUGUUAGAAGGGGGUGCUUUAGUUUUAGCUGAUGAGGGUAUUUGUUGUAUAGAUGAGUUUGAUAAAAUGGAAGAAGGCGACCGAACGGCAAUAUACGAGGUGAUGGAACAACAGACCAUUUCUAUCGCGAAAGCUGGAAUUACAACAUCUUUGAAUGCCCGUGUUUCUAUUGUUGCAGCUGCGAAUCCCAAAUCGUCGCGGUACAACUUGAAAAAGUCGAUAUCCGACAAUGUUGGGUUACCUGCGGCGUUAGUCUCUCGGUUUGAUUUGUUGUUUGUUCUUCUCGAUAACCAGAAUGAAGAUUUUGACAGGGAAUUAGCCAAUUUUGUUUGUAAUUCUCACAGAGGUAUUGUGGGUGAAAGGAGUGCGAUGUAUGACGUUGAGUUCAUACGUGGUUUUAUUGGUAACGCAAAGAAUAUCAAUCCCGUCGUUCCCAAAGAGCUCACUGAGUAUCUAGUCGACUGUUACGCCAACAAACGGCAGAAGACCAAAAACAAGAAGGAUGACAUUAUUAUCACUCCACGAAGUUUACUUGGUAUCAUUCGACUCAGUCAGAGUCUUGCUCGAAUACGGUUCUCUCAAGAAGUCAGUUCUGGUGAUGUCGAUGAAGCUUUAACUUUGAUCAACGCGUCGCGUGAAGCCAUAGAAAGGUUCAGUGAAGGGGAGAAUCUUCUUGAAAACAAUUCCCAAGAGAUCGAUGAGAUAGUCGACAUGUUUAUUGACAGAGAAUGA